AUGAGCGCCGACCUUUUGAUUAAAAACGCAAAAAUCGUGACGCCCGCAGGCACGUAUGAGGGCUGCGUCUACGUGGAGGGGGGGCGGAUUUCCGCCAUCACCCAAAAAGCCGAGACGGGUGCUGCGCGCGAAAUCGACGCAGGGGGACGCUUUCUCUUGCCGGGCAUGGUGGAUGAGCACGUGCACAUGAUGGACCCCGGCUUCACGGACAGGGAAGACUGGACGACGGGCACCGAGGCGGCGGCCAGGGGCGGCAUCACCACGGUGAUCGACCAUCACCGGAGCGAGCCGCUCGUCUACACGCGAGAGAUACUGGAGGAGAAAACCGCCUACAUCGAUUCGCGCUCGGUGGUGGAUUUCGGGCAGUUGGGCGGCCUCGACGUCGACAACCUGGAACACUUGCGCCCCAUGUGGGAGGGCGGCGCGCUGGGCUUCAAAGGGAUUCAUGUGCGAACUGCACGGCGUGCCCGAUUUGUCCGAGGGCGGCGCUCUUGA